GGAAGAUUCGGAGGUAACGCGACCAAUCACGAUCACUUAUAGUUUGCGAUCAGUGCAGUUGAUAAAUGGAGGAUUUGUGUUUGUCAAGGUAGUUUUGUUUACGCGUAAAUUUUCAUUCGGUAUCAACACAUCGUGCGUUUUGUGUGUGCUAAGAGGUAGAUGAAGGAUUUAAAAUGUCUCGCAACCAUAAAGACAAGUAUGAAAACUCCAACCCACGACGUACACAUACUUUUAUGUCUACGGAGGAUGCAAACUCUGGAAAAAAAUCUUAUUGGCCAGAGUUGGAGAUAACAGGCAGUAUAAGAAAUUUAAGCCCAAAUUUAUGGCAACUAACUCAUCUAACAGCUUUGUAUCUCAAUGAUAAUAGUUUACAAAGGAUACCAUCUGAGAUUGGACGUUUAGUCAAUUUACGUGCUUUAGAUCUCAGUAGCAAUAAAUUACGCAGUUUACCAGCUGAAUUGGGGGACCUCAUCUAUCUCAGAGAAUUGUUAUUAAACCAAAAUUACCUCCGAGUGUUACCAUAUGAAUUAGGAAAAUUGUUUCAAUUACAAGUGCUUGGACUUCAAGGUAAUCCACUCAGCAAGGAAAUAUUGGCAUUGUAUGGAGAACCAUCAGGGACUCACAAGCUGCUAUCAUAUAUGCUGGACAAUUUACAAGAACAAAUCAAUAGGGAAGAAAAAAUGGCGGAUUACCUUGCCCGUAUCGUUUUCCCACUUUCAUAUGAAUAUAUUCGCAAAUGGCCAGAGCUAUUUACUUCCAUGGUACUUCCACUUUCGAGCAUAUCGGUGGGAUUCGCUGGAACUUUUGAAAGGAAAGCUAUUCGAAACUGUGUAACGUCUCGAAUAUAAAUGCAUUCGUUCCGCAGAAUGUUAUGAAUCAACGGUUAACCAGGUCGAAUGCAUCGUAAUACAAGAGCUGGGAAAAAUGAUCCGAAGAAAGGCCGUUGUAUCGAUAGACGGAUACAAUUGAAUGUUUGAUUUCUUAGAAAACAAUUGCGGGUUGGAUACCUAUAAUCGAUUCGAUGUUACGUGAUAAUUGCAACGUAUUACGCGUACAUGAUUACGAAAUUAUUUGAUAUACAGAUAUUCUUUCAUAGAUUGGAAAUUCUGAUUUUGAUAAAGAU